GUGGUAGAACUGGACAUGGAUGAGAAAAAAUUAAAAGAACGCAUUCUAGAACAAGACACGACGAUCAGAGAGUUGCAGAAGACGAUCAAGCGAAUGGAGGAGGAUAUGGGCUCGAAACUUAAUGAGAGUAUACUUAUCGAAACUAGUAAUCGUAUCAAUGCACACGAAUCACGCAUUUACCAAACAGAUAUCUCGCUUUACGAACAUGAUCUUAAAGAAACUAAGGAACAUUUGAAAAAGUUGAGAUAUGAUUUGUCCACCGAAGUGAGCAAACGAGUCGCUGCUGAAGACGAUCUAAGGAGACGUUUGAUAGAGAUUGCAGAACUUGAACAUAAGCUGAAAGAUGCAAACGAUGCUAAAAAUGCACUUCAAGAAAAGGUAAUUAUCAAGGUUGAUGUUUCUGAUAAAAGAGUUCCUCAAUAUCCCUCAUAUCCACACUACAGACACGGUUAG